CGCCAUUUAAUGUGAUUGUGAUUGGAUCCUUCCUUAAUGUUCACCUCCAAAAAUCCUCAUCUCCCAAAACAAAAUAUUAUGUUCGCAUAGUGAGACAGAGAGGAGAAACAGAGACCGCAAGAGCUCCCUAGCUUCUGUAUUUACAGUUAACCAAAUUAGGGAAAGUAACCUCCUUAACUGAAGAUAUAUUAUCCACGGAAGUAAUCCUGACAUAAAAAAACCGUCGCUUCUACAUAUUGAGAAAGCAACAAUGGAGGAUUUGAAUUUUCCGAUUUGCUUACUUAAAAUGAAUCUCCAGUGUUGCCAAGACCUCCCAUCUCGUGUGAAGAGGCGUCUGCGUAGAGUAAAGGGAGUAUACGCCAUAAUCAUUGACCCGGCGAAAGGUCUGGUUUUGGUCGCCGGGACAGCAGAACCUCCUGCGCUUGUCAAAGCCGUCGAACGAACCGGGCAAAGCGCCCAAAUUUACGGCUACGAGAAGGACCCAACUAAGGCUAAGACCCAGUUCCGGCCCUUGCUCAAGCGUUACGCCACCGAGGAGGAGGAGGAGCCCCAAGACGAACCGCCACCGAAACCCGCCGAGGGAGACUGUCCAGCACCAGUUAGGUUCGGGAAUAUGGGACCGCCGCCCAUCGCCUGCCCAGUACCAGUUAGGGGUUUCGGGCAUCCAGGACUGCCGAUGAUGCCGGCGUAUACGUUGCCGCGGACGAUGGAACCGCCGGGAUGGUUAGCACCGGGGCCGAGACCGAGGCUGCUGACGUGCUCACGGCCGGAGGUUAGGCCGACUAAGCCGCCGGCGCCUUAUCCUUACGAUUUCUACGAGACCAAGUCUUACCCUGCAUCCGAUUCCCUUUUCCGAUAUUUCAGCGAUGAUCACGCUCAACCUUGCACCAUCAUGUGAUUCAUUGUCGUCUUUUUGAAAGAAAAAAAAAUGUUUAAUAAAGAAAAGAAGAAUCCGAUUCUAUUUGUAUGUCGUUUCUUCUUCGACUGUUUGAAUGAACAAUGGUGUUUAGCUCAUUUUUAAAAGAUCAAAUCCAAUAUCAAUUUAG